GGGCCUGCUGCUUUGGCUGCGGCCGGGGGCAGGCUUGGUUGCGUGGAGCCUGUCAGGCUGAAGGGAGGUAAACACUCUCUCCGAGGAAGGAAGGAAGGAAGGAAGAUGGCGACUGCUGCCCAGGUGCGCGAGAACAUCCGGAUGCUGCUGGAGGCGGCGGAGUUCCUGGAGAGGAGGGAGAGGGAGGCUGAGCAUGGCUAUGCAUCCAUGUUACCAUAUAGCCCCAAGGAUCGAGGAGAUGCCUUCAAGAGGAAAAACAAGUCCAAGAAAAACAGCAGUAGUAGCAGAUCUACACACAAUGAAAUGGAGAAGAACAGGCGUGCCCAUUUGCGACUGUGCCUGGAGAAGCUGAAAGGACUGGUGCCCCUGGGACCGGAGUCCAGCCGGCACACCACGCUGAGUUUACUCACGAAAGCGAAAUUGCACAUCAAGAAACUUGAAGACUGCGACAGGAGGGCCGUCCACCAAAUAGACCAGUUGCAGCGAGAGCAGCGGCACCUGCGGAGGCAGCUGGAGAAGCUGGGCAUUGAGCGCAUCCGGACGGACAGCACAGGGUCUGCCGUGUCUUCCGAGCGGUCGGAUUCCGACAUAGAAGAAGAGGUGGAUGUGGACGUGGACGUGGAGAGCACUGACGAUCUGGCCGGGGAGCUGGACUGGAGCAGCAGCAGCCCCAGUGACUCGGACGAGAGGGGCAGCCUCCAGAGCCUCUGCAGUGACGAGGGCUACUCCAGCGCCGGCCUGCAGAGAAGAAAGCCCCAGAACACUCUCAAGGCCUGCCUCGGCCUAUAAAGAGGGAGCCCCCGCAUUGCCCCCUUCCUUCCUUCCUUUUCCAUCCGUCCGUCCGUCCGUCACUGUUUCCUUGUCGGAUCUUUCUAGGUAGUAUGUUGGACCUCCCCACAAUUCUCUCUCUGGCACGCAAACUCCUCGUUCCACCCGAACCCACUUUGGCCUGAGUCUGGAACCGGUGCAGAGGGUUGUGGGUCUCAAAACUACUCUCUGGAGCCUCCGCACCCCCCAAGGCAUCCACUAGCUCCCCUUUCCCGUCUGUCCAGCCAUUCAUCUCUAUGAGACUGAACAUUCCAAUGAAAUUUCUUAGUCCCAAGAAUCUUGUUGCAGUAAUAGCAACUCAAACCCUUUUGCCUACGCUGCUGUGGCCUAUGCUUCUCAACUGCCUUUGGAACGCAUGUGGAAACCCUAGCCAGGCAGCCCUAUGCCUCAAGUGGGGCCUCAGAAGGCAGCAGAUGCUCCCCUGCGUUCCUGCGAGUCGCCCUGAAGCCCCUUGGAGGCGCCCCCCCUCCUGCCCCGCUGGGCCGGCCUCCUCGUGGCUAGUUCCAAAGGCUCGAGGCUGGCAGCCAGGGAGCAGAAAUGGGGCGGGAAUGGAGCUGGGCUGGAGGCUCUUUUCGUGGAGGAGGUUUCCUCCUCCUCCUCCUCCUCCUCCCUCCACUCCCUUCCACCCAAUCCCCCUGGCCAGAUGCUUUCCCUCAAACACACCUUGACAUUUAAAAGACCAAAUAAUACUCUUCCCGUGCAAUCCUCUCUCAACGUGUUUUUGCAUCGACCACUGCAUUUCCCUUUAGUUUCUGGCCGCUUUUUAGGCGCUGCCACCGCCGCAUCCUGCUUCUUGUCUCUGGGACAAAUCUUUCUACCUCAGAGAGAUGAACAAAGCUGAUCUCAACCCAUUGAGCACAAAAUAAUUAUGCCUCAUUUGUAUCUUUGGUCUGAAUCCACAAUCUGUUUACUUUUUACCAAAAAAUCAGCAAUAAGUGAGUGACGGGAGCCUAGCUGUGCUAGCUCUGAGUCCAUGGCAGAGAAGACUGCGUUGAAAGCAGCAGCUCUGCAAAGAGGCCCUUCUGCCCUACCCCCCACCCCACUCCACCCGUGGGCACUUCCUCCCUAUUUAAUUGACCUGAGAGGCCUGCUCAAGGAAGGGGCUCACAGGUGGGAUUUGGGGGUCUCCUGAACCUUCAAGCAUUAACUCUUUUCUGCCCCUUUCGCCUUGUCUGUGUGGUCUUGCAGCAAUAACAUCCUUCACUUCAGCUAGAUCGAGCACACACCAAUGUACAUAACAAUGUGGUCUAUACAUAGCAGUUAUUCUUUUCUUUUAUACAUAAAUGUAAAGUGGUUUUCUUAUGGAUUUUUUCUAUAGCAGCCUAAGAAAUGUUCUGCAUCACAGUUCAUAGCUUUCCCUAAUGUUGCUGUGGAUCUAAAUGCAGUGCCCACUUACCCAAUUUCUAGUGAUUUUGAGGGUUGCCCCUCCAAAGUAGAACCCACUUUCUCCCACCGGCAUUUAGAGGACCCCUGAAUGCCAGCUGGUUGAUCAGUUGGUUGGUUUCAUGCCUCUAAAAGGGCUACGUAGUUUUUUUAGCUUCGGACUGUGGCUCCUGCUUUUUUGCAGGUGACUGAGCUGCCGAGGUACUCUCGGACCUCCUCACAAGCCCCAAGCAAACCUAAGAAUUACAUUUGAUAUUCCUUCAAGCUAUUAUGGGACACAUUUUUUUGAGAUGGGAAGCGGAGCUAGUAGAUUGCUAAAGAUCUCCAAAGCAAUUUAUUUUGGAGGAGUGUGCUAUCUUUUUAAAAAACAACAAUAAUAAUAAUUAACCCAGCUGGAUUUUUUCAGAGGUCCGGCAAACUUGCACUGAACUCCUGCUUCUCAGAAGCCUCCUUCUUGUCCUUGGAAGCUGGCUUUGAGUCCAAGCAGAAAACCCUUCAGAGAGCAAACUCCCGAUUGGUAAACUUUGAAGGAGUUGAGUGCUUGCACUUUGAGGCCCUUGGUCCCGACCUGUUUCCUACCUGAAAUCCUUUGAGCUGCUUCUCUCUUUGUACAAAACUGUCUCACAAAUUCAACUCCAUGUUGACACCUUGACAUUUUGAAAUGUUAGUGGGAUAGAUCUGAAUGGCGAAAUUUGUGUUGUUGGCUUUAAGGGUUCAACCUAAUGUGUGUGAGUGUUAUUUUUUUCACUAUGAGUUGUUGUGCCUUUUGUAAGUUAAUUGUGUUUGGGCACAACCCGCUUUGGAUUUCGCAGGGUCCCUUCUGGUCUUCCUUCCUCCUCCCCAGACACUAAAGGAAGGCAUUUCCGCAGUUUGGGCAGGAGAGAUUCAUAGCGGGUUGCUCCCAAUCCGUUCCCUUUUAAGUUUUUGAAAAUUCUGUGGUUUCAUUUGUAAAUCUUUGCAUUGUCUGGACGCGGUCCUUUCAGAAUUCUGGUGGUUCAGGAAAACAUUGAAUUUGGCAAACAAACAUAAAGAGGGAGGGAUGCAUUUCAGAACCACCUGGACCAGCAAUUCCCAAACUUUGGUCCUCCGGCUGGUUGGACUUCAGCUCCCAGAAGUCAACAGGCAUGUUCUGGAUUUGGGAAUCUUUGAAUUGACGGAGGGAAACAAAUAAUUGUGUGGCUGCGGCUCCAGACCAUGCAAACUUGCCCCACCUCUUGCUUUAUCCCAUGAUCUAGAACCCCAAACAUGACCCCCUGAUCAGGAACCCGGUCGCCCGGGAAACGUGGAAACCGGGCCAUGGAGGUGCGAACCUUCUGAUCCGGCCAGCCUUUUCUCUCGAAUUCACUGAUCCACCAGCAUUAUUCUUAGUAAGCUGCAGGAAGCUUUAAAAGAUUUUUGUAGAUUGUCAGGAGGGAGCUGGGGGUUGUUUCUUGUGCCUGUGUUUACAAGAUGGACAUUUGUAUGUCUGUGUGUGUGCAUUUCCUGUGAAAAUGAGUCAUGGCGCGCUUGAUUGGGAGAAAUUCAAAACACGGUGCUCCGUUCGGACAGGUGGGCAAGAGGCCACUGUGGGGCAGGCUGAAAGCAUUCUCCAAAGAAAGCACGGCCUGCACCUGAGGAACCUUUAUUUUGCCCUUCGGAGUUGAGUGCACCCUGUUUCCUUUUGAUAAAAGCCAAGCUUUCCCAGCACUGGUUUUGUCGCAUCUUGUGGACCUUUUUCUUUUUGAGGGUUGGUGCAAAUAUCUCCUUCUUAUUUUAUUUCCCACCAAGUUCAGAUUCAAAAGCACUUAAUAUGGGGUGCCGCAAAAGCUUCCAGGGCCUACCUGCCUGCCUUCCUUCCUUCCUCCCUCCCUCCCUCGGCUGCCGACUGCCAUUUUAACACUUUGUCCUCCAAAGGGCCGGCCUGGCUUCCUCACUCCCCGUUUUCAAUCUGUUUGUUUUUGCAAAGAUUUGGGGGGGAAACACAACAGCCAGAAGGGAUUUUUGAAAGCCCUGCAUUCUCUGGGGGAUGAAUGGAUGGACGGGUGGAUGGAUGGAAGGGGACGGGGAGAAAUGGGCUUUUUUGGCAAACACUGGCUGCCUCAAUGAGAAACUAAGCGAAAACGCCUGGUGUACAGUCUAGCAAUAUUUGGGACUCAAAGUCCCUUGUUUGCCCCCUCCCUUCCCUCGGUAACCAAUUUCAGGUUUUGACACUUAACUGUACUGGUAUGAAUUCUGCUUUUUAAAAAUAUAUAUCUAUCUAUCUAGUUGUGCAUUUGCUCCCCUUACGUGCUGUUGCGCUGCUUCCCUCUCCUUCUCCUCCACCUCCUCCUCUUCUUCUUCUUCCUCCUCCUCCUCCUCCUCCACCUUCUCCUCUUCUUCUUCCUCCUCCUCCUCCUCCUCCUCCUCUUCUUCUUCCUCCUCCUCCUCCUCCUGCUGCAUUUGGUCUGAGGAAUCGCUUUGCUUUCUAUUCAAUGUGAGUCAGCAGCUCCUUUUCCCAACCGCAAAGGCUUUUGGUUUCUGAGGGGGAAACUGCCCCAAAGGAAGGGCCGGUGAGCGAAAUCCCCUUCCUCUUAGUGUUGAAUGAAUAUUGUCUGGUUGAACAACACUUUUGAAACCGCCUCUUCCCUGCCUGUCGUCUCCUUCAUCAACGUUUGGCUCUGCUUCGCCGUUCCUUUAAAAAAAAAACACCCAAAGAUUUGACCCAUUUGGUGGACAAGCUUGGCCUUUCUUCUUUACACUUUUCCUUUUGCUGCUUCUUUAUUAUUAUUAUUAUUAUUAUUAUUUUGUAGUUGACCUUGAUGAUAACAGGUGCUCUGAACAACACUCGCUGUUUCUGAACUCUUUCUGAGAUUAGUUUUUUGGAGUCUUCUGAAUUGAAAACGCAGUCAAAACAGAGGAGCAGCCGAUGGGGAGGAACAAGGAAAAUUUUAAUUUCCAGGCGUUCAGUUCCUAAUGUAAAUACCACAUCAUUUUUUUAAAAAGGAAAGGAAAAAUCCUGUGUCAAGACCUACAAUGGUGCUUUUUGUUACAGUUAGCACAUGCAUUUUUAGAAACUACAUGUUUUAGAUGACCUUGCUGUGUAUAUGUAUACUUCUGUAUUGUUCAACGGUUAGAAAAAUAAAUUAUUUCAUUAUUAAAA